AUGCGAAGUUCACCUCCGCGGUCGAGAGCCGAGACCACCUUCGAGUGUCCCGUUUCAACGAGCCAGUCUGGUCGACUAUCGAAGCGACCUUCUCACGCAGUUGAGCGAUGUCUCGACGAGAUACAGCCAGCUCGUCACGAAGAGAACGAACCGAACAUUCGUUCUCAAGUUGCGCAAGCGCAAACACGACACAAUAGUUCGAACGAUCGUGCGCUAAGGAAUUCUCUUGAACAUCAAGCUAAUCCAAUCGUCGAGCCGGACCAGGUGUUCCCGCCACCACCACAUCCUUUGGUGGAUUCUGGCGGUGGUCAACGCUUUCUGGUGGAGCGUAUUUUGAACCACCGCGACUUGAAUGGCGUCCGGACGAGUUACCUCGUACGCUGGCGUGGCUAUCCACCGGCGUGGGACAGCUGGGAGCCUCGUGCCCAGCUGAUUGUUGAUGUCCUUGGUCUCGUCGAGCAAUAUGACGAGACCCACCCACUGCGUUCGAAGAAGGGCCGUCGGAAAAUGACCUCCCCGAACGCGAGUACAGAGAUUGCAAAGUGUCAAUUGCUUCGGCCAUUUCAGAUGAGAUGCAAGCCCUCCAGCAGGGAGCAUUAG